UUAGUCUUUUGAACGACAUGUGAGCCUAAACGAGAAACUCAAGAAAUGAGAGACAUGAAAACAUGAAACGCUUUUAACGCUUUUUAUAUGAUUUUAAAACAUGUAAACAGUUGAGUCUGUGUGGUCUUGACUAAAGGGGAGGAUGGAACAUUUCAGGGAACCUGUAAAAACAGACUGCGAGGAACUACUGGCUCGUUUUCAGGCGACCGAGUCAGUUCGGUACGAGCAGUUUCUAGAGAUCUGGAGAGACAUGAACUUCAGUAGCAUCUUCUAUGGUAAACCAGAACCAUCUGAGAGAAGGCGCUUUGCUCGUCUGAUCCUGUCUGUGGUGUCUCCAUACUUCUUUCCUCCCUACACUUUCCAGAUUAGAGUGGGGGGGCUUUAUCUGCUGCACGGGCUCUUCAACUCACAACUCGUCACUCCCAGAGAGAAGAUCCGCAUUUCUCUGAAGGACUGGGAGGAUGUCAUGCAGUUUCAGAGGGAUGCAGUGAAUGCUCAACAUUAUGAUGUGGUUUAUAUCUUCAGAAAGCUCCUGUCAGAUAAAGCUUUCUACUUCACGGCCAUGCCAAUACCACUCUUUUAUAGGGAAAAGAAGGAAGAUGGAAGGAAGAUGAAAAUCUGUGAAGAGUUUGUUGAUCCGUCAUCACGUCCUCAGGAACUCGUCACCACAGAUGUGCUAGAGGAAAUUGCAAAUAUCCACGAGCAUUAUGAGGGUCUAAAGAAAGCUAUUUUCGCUGAGCCAGACCCAAACCUGGAUCUUAUCCAAAAAAACCUGGUUCCCAAACUAAACGGUGCCAUCCUCACCUAUUCCAGUUGGCAGUGGAACCGUACGGAAUCUGAACAGCAGGAUGGUGGAGAGGGACCUUCAAAUCAAGAAAGCUCCCGAAGAGCCCAACUGUUAGCGUCGAUCAAAUCCAGAUCAUAUGGACAAGUUCUGGAGGCCUCCAAGUCUCGACGUCACAGACAGACACAGUUGGUCCCAGCAUCUGGAGCAGAGUUUUCACAAAAGGUCACCCCAAAAAAGAAGCGAAAACCGUCACUUAAAACGCGCACUCAAUACCGCUUCAACACUCAGGGAAAUGAGAGUGAGGGGUUGAAUGUGACCCGGGUGUGGUGUAUGAGUGCAGUGAAAGAAGAGAAGGCACCAGAAAAAAGGAAGAAAAAAUUCAACUGGAACCCUGAGAAGAGCAGCAAUCUCACUUAGCAUUAAGCACCACCGUCUGGACGGACUGUGAUUGGCGGGCCGCCCAGUGUUAAAAGCUAUUGUGAUUUUUUUUUUUUUUUGCCUCAAGAUCCAGUUUCAUUUGAUUUGUUUCAUGUAAUUUUAAACUUUGCUGUUCUUGGGUUAAAAGUUCACAUUUUACAUGUUUUUUUAAGGCUGCUCUUUAUAUGAUUUUAUUUUGUAUUUUAAUAUUUGGCCUCAGAAUACAUUUCAUGUUUGUGAAAAAAACUGACAUUUUUAUAUGAAUAAUUAUUGUUUUUAAAUUGACAUGUUCAUGAGUAGCUAGUUACAAUGUUUAGUUUUUUUGUGAAGUAUAUUUUGUUGUUUUAUAUGAUGUUAACGAUUUUUUGAUAAUUCAAAAUCUGUUUGGCUCGCUCUGUUUUUCCGUUUGUCUUUAAUUCAGUCCAAUUUCUGUUGUAUUUGUGCCAGAUAAUACAUCUUUUAUAUGCA